UUCAAAGUUGACCUGUGAACUGUGACCGGCGCGUGUCCCACAUUGGUUUUUCAACAAGCAUGUUGGCGUCUAAAACAGAACGAAGCGGCAACAUGCGUGGCCAAGCGAAAAGUGAAACAACCUACAAAUUAAAAAGAUCGGCUCCGAAUGAAGAAGCCGUUCACAAAAUUGAACAGCUCCCUCUGUUUAAUGACGAGGCUGGUCCUGAUGGGAGUGAUGAAAGUGACGAGGACCUGACAGACAGUGAGGAGAGCGUCUACUCUGGCCUGGAGGACUCUGGAAGUGACAGCGAGGAUGACGAUGAGGAGGAAGAGGCAGAAAUGAACUCUAGUGUUGAAGAAGUCAAAAAAGUCCCCCGGAGGUCCACCUCAAAAAAGAAGGUGAAUGCAGGAGGGGAGAAUGGAGAGCUGGAGAAGCAGCCUGGCAGUGCCUGCCUGGUAGAGGAGUACGAGCAGGACUCUUCAGACGAGGAGGAUAUCCGUAACACCGUAGGUAAUAUCCCUAUGGAGUGGUACAAGGAUUACCCUCACAUUGGAUACGACCUGGAUGGAAAGAAGAUCUUCAAGCCAAUCAGAAACAAAGAUGAACUGGAUGAGUUUCUGGAGAAGAUGGACAACCCUGAUUACUGGCGCACGGUUCAUGAUAAGAUGACGGGCUCUGAUAUCCGACUGACCGACGAGCAGAUCGAUCUCGUGCAUCGUCUACAGAAAGGACAGUUCGGAGAUGUCAGCUUCAACCAGUAUGAGCCUUCUAUCGAUUUCUUCUCCCACGAGACCAUGAUCCACCCAGUGACCAACCGUCCGGAGCACAAGCGCAGCUUCAUCCCCUCGCUGAUUGAGAAGGAGAAGGUCUCCAGACUGGUCCAUGCAAUAAAGAUGGGCUGGAUCAAGCCUCGCAAGCCCAAGGACAGCACGCCACAGUACUACGAUCUCUGGGCGAAUGAGGACCCCAAUUCUAUAUUGGGAAGACACAAAAUGCAUGUUCCAGCCCCGAAGCUGAAGCUCCCGGGACACGAGGAGUCCUACAAUCCUCCCCCGGAGUACCUUCUUACUGAGGAGGAGAAACUGGCAUGGGAGCAGCAGGAGGCCGAGGAGAGGAAGCUGAACUUCAUCCCACAGAAGUUCUCCUGCCUGCGGGCCGUGCCUGCGUUCCAGCGCUUCAUCCAUGAGAGAUUCGAGCGCUGCCUGGACCUCUACCUCUGUCCCCGGCAGCGCAAGAUGAGGGUAAAUGUAGAUCCAGAGGACCUGAUCCCAAAACUGCCAAAACCAAAAGAUCUUCAGCCGUUCCCCACCACGCAGUCACUGGUCUACCGCGGACACACUAAUUUGGUGCGCUGCAUUAGCCUGUCCCCCUGCGGGCAGUGGCUGGCCUCGGGCUCGGACGACUGCACCGUGCGUUUCUGGGAGGUGAGCUCGGCUCGCUGUAUGAAGACGGUGGAAGUGGAAGGAGCUCUAAAGAGCAUCGCCUGGAACCCCAACCCAGCUCUGUCUCUCGUUGCUGCCUCGCUGGAGCGGUGUGUGGUCGUGCUGAACCCUGGUCUGGGGGAUAUCCUGGUCUCCAGCGUCACGGAGCAGCUCAUCUCCACGUACGUGGAGCCGGAGGAGGAGAAGACCCAGGCAGUGCAGUGGGUCGUCCCCGAGACGGAGGCCUCGGAGAAGGGAGUCCGGCUCAUCAUUAGACAUCCAAAGUCUGUGAAGCAGGUGACCUGGCACGGGAAGGGGGAUUACCUGGCCAGUGUUAUGCCAGACAACGGCAACACGCAGGUGCUGAUCCACCAGCUGAGCAAGCGCCGGAGCCAGAACCCCUUCCGCAAGAACAAGGGGCUGGUGCAGUGCGUGGCCUUCCACCCCAGCCGACCCGCCUUCUUCGUGGCCACGCAGCGCUACGUCCGUGUCUACAACCUCAUCAAGCAGGAGCUCACCAAGAAGCUGCUGGCCAACUGCAAGUGGGUUUCCAGCAUGGCGAUCCAUCCUGGAGGUGACAAUGUGAUCUGUGGGAGCUAUGACAGCAGACUGACCUGGUUUGAUCUGGAUCUCUCUACAAAACCUUACAAAGUCCUUCGACACCACAAGAAGGCACUCCGAGGAGUAGCUUUCCACAAGAGCUACCCUCUGUUUGCCUCUGCCUCUGAUGAUGGCACUGUCAUCGUCUGCCACGGCACGGUGUACAAUGACUUGCUGCAGAACCCUCUGAUUGUCCCUGUGAAGGUAUUGAAGGGUCAUGAGAUCACAAGGGAUCUGGGAGUCCUGGACGUGGCAUUCCACCCCACUCAGCCCUGGGUGUUCUCCUCCGGAGCCGAUUCCACGAUCCAGCUGUUCACCUGAACGGGGGGGGGGGGGGGGG